AUAUUGUUUGCUGAUGAUAUGAACAGCUUCUGAAUUGGGAGAAUUUCAAACCCUCGCCGGAGAGCGACUGAGCUACCAGGUCCGCCUUUCUCAGCCUCGUAUAUAGGGCGCCUUCAGCUGGUCGGUCGGUCGGGAGUUUUACAUCUCAUAUAAGACUCUCCGUUUAUGAUCCCGGAGAUCAGUUACUCAAAAUCCCAGACUCACAUUUCUGUUUGAUACUCUGAAUUUAGUUCGAUUUUGCGAUAACGUAGUGACCAACUGGGAAAUGGCUAGUUUGGUGGAAAGGCUUCGUGUUAGGUCGGAGCGGAGGCCAAUUUACAAUAUUGAUGAUUCAGACGAAGAAGCUGAUAUUAAGCGCCGCAAAUCUGGCCAUCCGAAGGAGAAAUCUGAGAGAUUUGUCAGGCCUGAUGCGAAAGUUGAUUGUUGCCAAGUUUGUGGUGGAGAUGAGAAUCUUCUGAACUGUGAAACAUGCACUUACUCCUAUCAUCCAAAGUGUCUACUCGUACCUUUGAAAGAUCCUCUUCCUAGCAGCUGGAAGUGCCCUGAGUGUGUGAGCCCUCUCAAUGAUAUAGAAAAAAUUUUGGAUUUUGAAACACGCCCAACUGUUGCUGAUGAUUGUGAUGCUUCAAAAGUGGGGUCCAAGCAAAUAUUUGUGAAACAGUAUCUUAUCAAGUGGAAAGGGUUGUCAUAUCUUCAUUGUAUUUGGGUGCCAGAGAAAGAGUUUGUCAAAGCUUACAAGAGUUGUCCUCGUCUGAAGACUAAAGUAAACAACUUUCAUCGCCAAAUGUCAUCAAUAAGUGAUAGAGAAGAAUAUGUUGCUAUCCGGCCAGAAUGGACUACAGUUGACCGCAUCAUUGCUUGCAGAGGAGAAGGUGAGGACAAGGAGUACUUUGUGAAGUGGAAGGAACUUCAGUAUGAUGAAUGUAGCUGGGAGCUCGAGUCAGACAUUUCUUCUUUUCAGUAUGAAAUUGAAAGAUUUAACAAAUUCCAGUCCCGACGUUCAAAAAAGCACAAAAAAAGUAAUGAAGAUACAAUUGAAUCAAAUUCGAAACAAAAAGAAUUUCAGCAGUAUGAAUGCAGUCCUGAAUUUCUUUCUGGAGGUUCUCUGCACCCUUAUCAGCUUGAAGGGCUGAACUUCCUACGAUAUUCUUGGUCUAAACAGACACAUGUGAUACUUGCAGAUGAGAUGGGCCUUGGAAAAACCAUACAGAGCAUUGCAUUCUUAGCAUCUCUUUUUAAGGAGAGCGUUUCCCCUCACUUAGUUGUUGCUCCUCUUUCAACCUUGAGAAAUUGGGAACGUGAAUUUGCCACAUGGGCUCCCCAGAUGAAUGUUGUUAUGUAUGUUGGUUCAUCCAUUGCACGUUCUGUUAUAAGGGAAUAUGAGUUUUACUUCCCAAAAAGGCACAAGAAGAUCAAGAAAAAGAAAUCCAGUCAAGUCCAUGGGGAGAGCAAGCUAGACAGGAUAAAAUUUGAUGUUCUUCUGACAUCAUAUGAAAUGAUUAACUUAGAUAGUGCAUCUCUGAAACGAAUAAAGUGGGAAUGCAUGAUUGUUGAUGAAGGGCAUCGUUUGAAGAACAAGGAUUCAAAAUUGUUCUAUUCAUUGCAGCAAUACUCCAGCAAGCAUCGUGUCCUCUUGACUGGAACACCUCUUCAGAACAACUUGGAUGAACUUUUCAUGCUGAUGCACUUCCUCGAUGCUGGAAAGUUUGGAAGCUUGGAGGAAUUCCAAGAGGAGUUCAAGGAUAUUGGUCAAGAAGAGCAGAUCUCAAGGCUUCACAAGAUGUUGGCACCACAUCUGCUUAGAAGGUUAAAAAAAGAUGUCAUGAAGGAAUUACCUCCUAAAAAGGAGCUCAUUUUACGUGUGGAAUUGAGCACCAUGCAAAAAGAAUAUUAUAAAGCAAUAUUGACACGGAAUUAUCAGAUACUUACUCGUAAGGGUGGUGCACAAAUUUCUCUUAUAAAUGUGGUUAUGGAACUACGCAAGCUUUGUUGCCACCCUUUCAUGCUAGAAGGCGUUGAACCAGAGGAUAAUAAAGAGUUUAACAAGAAGCUUCUCGAGUCUUCUGGCAAAUUGCAACUUCUUGAUAAGAUGAUGGUGAAGCUUAAAGAGCAAGGACACAGAGUUUUAGUAUAUUCACAGUUCCAGCAUAUGCUGGACUUGUUAGAAGAUUACUGCAACUUUAGGGAUUGGCAAUAUGAACGUAUUGAUGGAAAAGUUGGUGGAGCUGAAAGGCAAAUUCGAAUAGAUAGAUUUAAUGCUCCGAAUUCUUCCAGAUUUUGUUUUCUGCUGUCAACAAGGGCUGGAGGAUUGGGAAUUAACCUAGCUACCGCUGAUACAGUGAUUAUAUAUGACAGCGAUUGGAAUCCUCAUGCUGAUCUACAAGCAAUGGCCAGAGCUCAUAGGUUGGGGCAAACAAACAAGGUACUGAUAUAUAGACUCAUAACAAGAGGAACAAUUGAAGAACGCAUGAUGCAAAUGACCAAGAAAAAGAUGGUUUUAGAACAUCUAGUUGUUGGGAGGCUCAAGGCUCAGAACAUCAACCAGGAAGAACUUAACGAUAUUAUUAGGUAUGGUUCAAAGGAGUUAUUUACUGAUGACACCGAUGAUGCUGGAAAAUCAAAGCAAAUCCACUAUGAUGAAGCUGCUAUAGAUAGAUUACUGAAUCGUGAACAAGUUGGAGAUGAGGAAGUUGUUUUAGAUGAUGAAGAAGAAGAUACAUUCUUGAAGGCUUUUAAGGUAGCAAACUUCGAAUACAUAGAUGAAACAAAAUCAAAAGAUGAAGUGGAAGUUCCAACAAUGCUAUCAGAGGAUAAACCAGCUUUAAACAGUUCAGAAAGGGCAAGUUACUGGGAGGAAUUGCUGCGAGACAGAUAUGAGGUUCAUAAAGUCGAAGAACUUAGUGCAAUGGGCAAGGGGAAGAGAAGCCGUAAGCAGAUGGUGUCAGUUGAAGAAGAUGACCUUGCCGGUCUGGAAGAUGUGAGCUCUGAUGGAGAAGAUGAUAACUAUGAAGCUGACUCAUCUGAUGGUGAGACAGCAGCAACUGGAGUUGCAACCUUGAAAAGACCGUAUAGGAAAAGAGCACGUGUGGACCCCUCAGAACCACUUCCUUUGAUGGAAGGUGAAGGUCGGUCAUUCAGAGUGCUGGGAUUUAAUCAGAGUCAAAGGACUGCAUUUGUCCAGAUUUUGAUGAGGUUUGGUGUUGGAGAGUUUGACUGGGCAGAAUUCACACCACGUCUUAAGCAGAAAACUUACGAAGAAAUUAAAAAUUACGGACGCCUCUUUUUGUCACACAUAGCUGAGGAUCUUACUGAUUCUCCAAACUUCUCAGAUGGUGUUCCCAAAGAAGGAUUGAGAAUACAAGAUGUACUUGUGAGGAUUGCAGAACUACUGCUUGUGAGGGACAAAGUCAAAGCUGCAUCUGAAAAGCCUGGAAGUCCUCUUUUCACAGAGGACAUAGUAUCUCGCUUUCCUGGAGUCAGGGGUGGAAGACUGUGGAAGGAAGAACAUGAUUUACUACUACUUCGAGCAGUAUUGAAGCAUGGUUAUGGAAAAUGGCAAUCCAUAGUUGAUGACAAGGAGUUGAAUAUCCAAGAACUCAUUUGCAAGGAGAUAAAUAUCCCCUUUAUGACUUUGCCUGUACCAGGGACUCCUCAACAACCAGUUAUUGCACCUGGAGCCUCUCAACCACAAAUUCCUAUUGCAGGUGUUUCCCAAGCACAAGUAUCAAAUGGUGAAACUAAAGCAAAUGCUGGAAGUACUAUGAAUCAAGUACAAAGAUGUACUACUGGAAAUGAUCUUGGGGUUGAGGCUGGUGGUACUGGUACAAAUGACCCUUCAAGCCGAACACAGACUUUCCAAGAUUCUUCUUUUUUAUAUCAUUUUAGAGAAAUUCAAAGAAGACAGGUUGAGUUUAUUAAGAAAAGGUUGCUUCUACUAGAGAAAGCUCUUAAUGCAGAAUACGCUAAAGAAGCCUAUGGUUAUGAGAGGUCAAGUGAAUUGCCUGGUGAUGAGACAGAGUUCGAUUCUAAGGUCGUAGAUGCGCCAAGUCUAAAUACAGAUUCUGAUAAUGAAGUUUUUGACCAUUUGCCAAAGAUUAUUGGGAUUUCUCCUCGUGAAGUGUCGGAGGCUGCUUGUGAUACCAAACCAGAACGUUUGGCUAUGGCUAAGUUUUAUAAUGAGAUGUGCAAGGUUCUCUCCGAAAACGUCGAAGAUUCGAUAGCUGAAUAUGCAGCAAACCAAACAGCAAAUGCCGGGAUGAGAAAGAAUCUUCCUCUGUUUCAGAAUAUAAACUCCGAGAUGAACCAAAUACUUUCUUCUUCUUCUUCUUCUUCACAACAACAACAACAAACUUCUCCCAAGAACCCAGACACCCUCGAAGGCACACACGACACUAUUAAACCAGAAACUGGAGAGCCAAAUCCCCUGUCUACUCCUCUACCUGGCAAAGAAAAUGGCGACCUUCCAAAAGUAGAUUCCAAACCUCAACCUGAACCAAACCUAGGGUUAGCGGGAAGCAGUGGGGCCGGGGAAGCUCCCAUGGAAGAAACACCAGCCACCACCAUGGGUAAUGGGGAAGACACCAGUGCAGAAAAGGCUAGCAGCAUGGAUUUGGAUUGAGUUUUUGGGAUUUCUGAGGCUUUAUGUACUCUAUUCUAUACAUCGUAUGUUCUGAGACGACCGUAUAUGGUGCUGCUACUUCUGUUCUUCAAAGAGAGAAAAAGAAGCUCAUUCCUACUUUUUAAAGGAAAGUGUAAGUAGCUUAGGGUGUUUAGGACCCUUAUCCUUCGCUUCCCAAUCCUACUUUAUAUAUUCAAAAGGGAUAUGUGAGUAUUUUGUAUUUAAAGAAACUUGUUUUACUACGGUAUAAUGUGUGUUUGAGUCAAUUAUAUGCUCUGUAGGGAUGGAUAUGGAUAUGUAAGCUGAGAAAUUGCAUAAUUUUUUUGUGUGUAAAGAAAUGUUUGCGCCCUUG